AGCUCGGAAGCCACUCUGUUUUGGGGUCCUCGCUGCCCUUCCACGUCUCCCGGAAGAGUAGCAGGGCCUUGGCAGGGCCGUGGCGGGACUGUGGCAGGUUUGCCAGUAGGAUUAUUCUGCUGCCAUCAUGUCCUGGUUUGCUGAUCUUGCUGGAAAGGCAGAAGAUCUUUUAAACCGAGUCGACCAAGGGGCUGCAACAGCUCUCAGUAGAAAAGAGAACAGCAGCAGCAUCGUAUACAGCAAAAACACUGACUAUCCUGAACGUCACCGGCAAAACACAGAUUUGUCUCAUCAGACUGGAUCUAACGCUAAUUAUAUUUCCUCAGCAGCUGAUAACAUUAAGAAUCAAAAAGCCACCAUCUUAGCCGGAACCACAAAUGUGAAAACAGGACCCAGGGUGUCAGGGGAGGCCUCCCAUACCGUUGAGAACUCAUCUGUGCCUCGGCCUUCAUCGCAGUUUGUUCGGAGAAAAAAGUCCGAACCUGAUGAUGAGCUGCUGUUUGAUUUUCUUAAUAGCUCACGGAAGGAACCUACGGGGAGGGUGGAAAUCAAAAAAGAAAGGGGCAAGACACCUGCCCUUCAGAGCUCUCCGACAGCAGGUGUCGGUGCAAUGAAUACCAGCGUAACCACCGUCAAAACUACUGAAGAAAGUCCCUCUGGGAGCCAAAGCCACGAAGCCUCUAAUAAUUCAGAUUCUGGCCAUGAAGUCCAAGAGGAUUCUUCAAAGGAAAAUGUAUCAUCAGAUGCUUCCUGUGCUGAUCACAACCCGAAACCCACGGAUGACAGCAAAUCACAUGAACUGUCUAACCUUCGACUGGAGAAUCAGCUGCUGAGGAAUGAAGUUCAGUCUUUAAAUCAAGAAAUGGCCUCAUUGCUUCAAAGAGCCAGGGAAACUCAAGAAGAAUUAAACCAAGCAAGAGCAAGAAUUGAAAAGUGGAAUGUUGACCAUUCCAAGAGUGAUCGAAUAACUCGAGAACUCCGAGCCCAAGUAGAUGACCUGACCGAAGCAGUGGCUGCCAAGGACUCCCAGCUGGCCGUCCUGAAAGUGAGGCUCCAGGAGGCUGACCAGCUGCUGGACGCUCGCACGGAAGCUCUGGAAGCCUUGCAGAGUGAAAAGUCACGAAUAAUGCAGGAUCACAGCGAAGGUAGUAGCCUGCAGAAUCAAGCUCUGCAAACCCUUCAGGAGAGACUGCAUGAAGCCGAUUCCACUCUGAAGAGGGAGCAGGAGAGCUAUAAACACAUGCAGAGUGAGUUUGCUGCUCGCCUGAAUAAAAUGGAAGUGGAACGUCAGAAUUUGGCAGAAGCAGUUACUCUGGCAGAAAGAAAAUACUCAGAUGAGAAGAAGAAAGUUGAUGAGCUACAGCAGCAAGUCAAGAUGUGUAAGUCCAACAUGGAGUCCUCUAAGCAGGAAUUAAUUGACUACAAGCAAAAAGCUACGCGAAUACUCCAAUCCAAAGAAAAAUUGAUUAACAGCUUAAAGGAAGGAUCUGGUUUUGAAGGCCUAGAUAGCAAUACUGCUAAUAGCAUGGAACUGGAGGAACUUCGGCAUGAAAAAGAGAUGCAGAGGGAAGAAAUACAGAAGCUGAUGGGUCAGAUACAUCAGCUGAGAUCUGAAUUACAGGAUAUGGAGGCUCAGCAGGUUAGUGAAGCUGAGUCAGCAAGAGAACAGUUGCAAGAUCUGCAAGACCAAAUAGCUGGACAUAAAGCAUCUAAACAAGAACUAGAGGCAGAAUUGGACCGGCAGAAGCAGGAAUUCCAUUACAUAGAAGAAGAUCUGUAUCGAACAAAGAACACAUUGCAAACCAGAAUUAAAGAUCGAGAAGAAGAAAUUCAAAAACUUAGGAAUCAGCUCACCAAUAAAACCCUAAGCAAUAGCAGUCAGUCUGAGCUAGAAAGUCGACUCCAUCAGCUGACAGAGACUCUGAUCCAGAAGCAGACCAUGCUGGAGAGUCUCAGCACGGAAAAGAACUCUCUGGUCUUCCAGCUGGAGCGCCUUGAGCAGCAGAUGAAGUCCGCCACUGGCGGGGGCAGUAACGGGCCUUCCAUUAAUAUGUCUGGAGUUGACACUGGCGAAGGCACACGUCUGCGAAACGUUCCAGUUCUUUUUAAUGACACAGAAACUAACCUGGCAGGGAUGUAUGGAAAAGUCCGCAAAGCUGCUAGUUCCAUUGACCAGUUCAGUAUCCGUCUAGGAAUUUUUCUCCGAAGAUACCCCAUAGCACGAGUUUUUGUAAUUAUAUAUAUGGCUUUGCUUCACCUCUGGGUCAUGAUUGUUUUGUUGACUUACACACCAGAAAUGCACCAUGACCAGCCACAUGGCAAAUGAAUGGAAUCCGGUGGUUUCAGUGAUGGGUCGUCAUUUUCCAGACUUGGGAUCUGCAAAAAGGUCAAUGGCUAAAAUUCCUGAGGAGAGUGCACAAGAUUAUUUUAUCACUACAAGCUUUUAACUUUUUAAGUUAUUAUACAAGUACUCUGCUACUUAAGUCAAAUCUGCCUCUAAUUUCCUUCAAAUGGUAAGAAUUUCUAAAAGACAGUUGGACGAGCUCAGCUCCGCUUUUCCUGGGGUCGGUCGUUCAGUGUGUGUGUGUGUCGGUCGACACACACAUGCUGGGCUGUUCACCUCUGUGCAGGCCAGCCUGUAUUUUAGGUGACACUUGUUAUGGGCUAAAAUCAGGGAAAUUAAUUGUAUUUAGUAAUAUAAAUAAAAUGUUUGCUUUUUGAUAAUUCAGUCUGCUUUUGUAUUUUCCUAUGUUUAACUUUGCAAAGAGAGAUUUAUGUAUUUACAUGUU